GGACACGCUGUUAAAGUCUCCCACCAGCCAGAUCGCACGCGUUGGUGGCCACCACCGUCGACGGCAAGUUCGACACGGCGUCGUCGGAUCCACAGCUCCGUCCCACAUCCACCGUCUCCGUCUCACUUCUGCUCAAGUGAUCUGCUCAAAGCACUCGUCGCCGUCGUCUUCGAGACGGACCGAAUAGCUUCUCACGGGCACUUCCACACCCGCCUCCUAACGCGUGAAGGAUGCUCGGCGGCACCCACGAGCUUCGUCCUGACGCGUCGCCUGCGUCGGGAGCCCGACAAGCCAACGUCGCCAUAGAUGACGCUCGGGACGCUCAUGUUCCGAACCUAGUAGUGACGCCCGUCGCCGGUGCCACAAUCAACAAUGAUAAUGAAGCGAAUGGUUCCAACUGCAACACGCCCGAAGCGAAGCGACACAAGAACGCGGUCGGAUCUAGGACCCCGCAACAUCGCAAUCUUCGGUCGGCUAGCAGGGCUGGUGGCUCCACUAGAAUGGCGAGAAACACCGACACGGCCGCUGGCGAUCGUGCUGGUGCCUCGUCGCAGCAACUAAGUGAUUUACAAGGUGGUAUUAUUACAAGACUCAGGGAGCAACAACUAUGCGAACAGAACGUCCCGCAGGCUAGGGCUGAUCCUACUUCGGUAUCCGGAUCAGCUGAUAUGCGACUUCGGAAAGUCGUUUCCAAUGAGCUCGCUACUCAAAGCGGUAGUACUAAGAAGUCAAGAAUCCCUCAUCUGCGAUCAGAUGUAUUGCUCACACCGUCCAAAGCAAGCUCUGCUUGGGCGGCCAUUCCGCUGGACUCUCCAGCGAGUAACACUAGAUCAAAGAGCUGCCUGCAAACCAAAAACAUCCAUGACCUACUUCUAGAAAAGACCAGCCCAGGCCUCAUCGCUGCGGGGGCGAGCAGCUCACAAGAUAUUGAUGACCCUGAAGCGGACGUCUGCCCAGACUCGCCUUCGUAUCGUCGAUCAAGCAGCAAAGGGAAAGGAAAAGCACCAAUGUACGGCUCCUCGGCGAAAACCUCGCCGGUAUCAAGGAUCCCCUCUCGACCAGCUUCGCGCUCCAACAGUAACCUCGGUUCUCCUCGUCUUUCGCGAUCGUCGUCCACCAUCUCGUUCCAGGCGAUCGAUCACAACAAUCUGUUCGAUGACAGCCUUCCGACCCCUCAGGCGCCAGGUCCGGAUAUGGAUGCAGAUGACUUCAUCAGUCAGAUUGCUCCUGCCGCUGAGCCUGACACGCCCAAUCGUUCGACAUUUUCGGCGCCUUCUGAUCCUAGCGAUAUCAGCCCUUUUGCCGUCACGGAAGAUACACCGCGAACAGCCAAGCUUUGCUCGGCGCUCAGCGAUUUCGGCUUUGGCGCGGCCCCGACUCCUUCGCAUCGUCCUCACGGUCUCUUGCGCAAUGCCACUAUGCCACAAGGCAGCAGCAGCCACAGCAUGAAGAACAGGAUGGUCGCUUCGUCUCCCAUGAACCUGGGCUCCCCGAGUCGUUCAUCCACAGGGCUAUCCCCGCAACAGUUCUACGGCGAGCAGCCUCGAAGCGGUGGUAGUCGGGCCGCAAGCUCACCGCGCGCCUCACCCGUCGUUGACCCCGAGCUGAACCCAUUCAUGGGAUCCAGCAUGCAAGUACCCAGGAUCCCUGCAACCCCUGCAACCCCUCGCGUCUCGAGUUCUCGUGUGCCUCCACCCGGCAUCCUUGCUGCGGGAGAGGGCGCUUCGUCGAGAUCGCUCAUGUCUCGAAUGUCAGCUACCCCUUCCGCGCUUCUUAGCCCGUUCGGCAACAUGGGGCUCCGCAGCGCUAUCGCAAGUCGCGGACCACAUGAUGGAGAAUACCUUCGCAGCAGGGAUGUCGAUCAGACCCCGUCCAAGCAGCGUCAGCCGGAAAUGGAUGAAGCUAGCCCGUUCUUAGCUGGUCCGUCGUCCCCAUCUUCCCCAUCGCGUCGACGAAACCUUAGCUGUGGCCCGUCCGCACUUCGGCCGCCUAUUCCAGGGUCGCCGUCACCGAUGUCGUCCGGCAGGCCAAAGUCCGUCAGCCGUCGCCUCUUUCCUGCGCCUGAACACGAUGACCGCCGAUUCAAGCACCGUGCUCACUCCCUACCUCAUCGCGGGGCUUCAAGCAACUUGGCAGGUCCGUCCCAGCUCCCUGACGACGGUCACAUGCAAAUUGAUGCACGCACGCCGUCACGAGCCGGCACAGACAUUGCACGACGACGCCCCGGUGUCGACAUAUACGGCCCAGCUCCUCCAAAACCUAACUUCUUCGGGGCAGACGGGCCCAGUUCAUCGACGAUGACCAGCGCUCUACCGCCGCGAACACCAAGGAGGCCCAAUGGCAACAGUCUACGCCACGACGUUCUUCUUCGAAGCGCAAGCAAGAGUGCAAGGAAAGGCCCUUUUCCGAAUGAUUGCAACCCAUUCCUCGCCGCGGCUAGUGGUUCAAGUCAGUUCCCAUCGACGCCUUCUCGCCCUGGCCCACAGCGAGAAAGUUCUAGCGGUGCCGGUCUAUCUACUUCUACCCGCCCAACACCUAGGAAUAAUGAGCCUUCUCGAACACCGCCAGACCAACAGGAAUCGCCGUACGCACACCGUGUCCCGCCCACACCUCGUACCGACCGCAAGCGCAAAAUAUCAACAGAAAAAUCCCCUACGCCUCGCAAACAAACCCCGCAAGGCCGGCUAAGCUAUGGUGCCCCACCUUCCAGGCCAGACUUCUCAGGCUCAUCGACGCAUUCAUCGGCGCGGAAGCGUCAGCGAGUGGACCCGGCCGAGGAACUGAAGUUGAACGGCUCGGCGUCCAUCGCCGCCGACUACAGGCGGUACGACGAGUUGCCUGCUCGUCUCGACUUUGACAUCCCUGACGAUUCCGAUGAGGAGUCCGACUCAGACAAAGACUCUGAUGAUGGCGAUUCCGACUCUGAUGAAUGUACUCACGCUCAUCGCACAUACAAGAAAGGCGAUGAUGAUCAAGGCAAUGGUGGAGGCACAUCUUCGUCAUCCGCUGGUAGCAGCUCGAGCUCUUCCGGCUUCGGCGAGGGCGGCUCGACUUACUCCUCAGCUGGCAAAUCAAGCGGGUCAGGCGAGGGAGCCUCCCACUCUGCCCAAGGCAUUCCUGGCACCGCCUACGCCGGUCAAGUGACAGUGUACUCAACUACGGUCACCAUCCAGCAAACCACAGUCGUAAUCGCCCCACUGUCGCCCUUCGCAGAUGACAAGGAGAACCCAAAGAGAGGCGAUCCGACUUAUAAGGAGUACACCCGAGGGGUGGUCUUUGAAGCCAACUCAGUUGACGACAAGCUCGCUGGGUCAGGCUGCUACUGCCGUCAGUGGCGCAAGAAAACCGACCAGCCGCGCAAAAUUCUCGGGGAACUCGAAGAAAACAUGUUCGAGUGGGUUGACUGCGGACCGUGCGUGAAGAACUUCAGCCCCAUCAAGAAGGAGAUUGGCACCGGCAAGAAAUCUACGCACGAGGAUAUCAAGUGUAUGCCAUCAUCUACCGACGGCAAAGCUCUGUCCUCUCGACGCCUAUCUAUCCCUCCGGCGUUCGGAAGCAGCUCGCCGCGGUUCCCAGACUCGCCGGUCAAGACGUCGUACGACAUGAAAGUACAUGCUCCGAGUGAUCCUUCGCCGUUGCGAUGGAUGUCAACGGCCACGUACCAGACAUCUCCUACGCGCAGCCCGAACAUGAACCGCCCCUUCUCGUCUCCCGCACGUAUCCAAAACCCCGACCGCAAAUUCUCCUUGUCCUCGUCGGCCGGAAGCAAGCACGCCCGAUCCCCCGGCGCGAUUUCCCCCACACCGGUCCGUCCACCCGUCUCGCAACGCCGACCGUCCACCUCCUCAACCACGUCAGGCAGCACCUAUUCCUCAAGCAGCAGCGGGUCCCCGACCAAAAGCCCCGUUGCGAAACGCCGCAAGGACGAGAGGAUGACCGCCAACACCUCCAUGCUGCACCGGACGCUGUAUGGCAAGCAUGUCUCGCCUGCACCCGCCUGGCGCCCUUGACGGCUCAAUCGCGAACUACGAUACAAGUAUUUUGGGAUAGAGGGGUGGUACGACGUAUGCGCGGAAUCUUUUUGGACACGUACACACAAACACACAUUGGACGGAAGAGCAAAGAACUAAAACCACAGAAAAAAAGCGUUACGAAACAACACCCCCCGGCCCCUACGCAAAACACCUAGACGUAAUUUAACCCAAACGAUACCCCACCGGCCCAAACCAAACGGUCAUCAUCGAAAACCCGAUAUCAGAAAAACAAGAGCUGAACGUCCGCACAAACGAAGUGAAGAUUACGAGAACUUUCAGCAGCUGGCAUCCCUUGCUUAUAAGCGAACCUGCACAGCACGG